GCAGGGCGGCCGAGGUGAACCUCCACACCGUCUGCUCCGACCCGCGUGCUCCCCUGUGCCUUAGGCACUCUGGCCAGACCGGCUUCGGGGAGCAGGGUGCCUGCCAGAAGUGACCAAAUGCCCUUGGGCAGGGGCCUUUCGAGAAGGAGCACUGGCCAUUGCAGGAAGCAGAGCACCUCCCCCGGGAGCCUCCCGCUCACGUCCGGGCACCAGCUGGAGCUCGCAGGGAGCCCCCGCCGUUGAUCCGAGAGCCCAGCUUGCACACAGGCUUGGAAUCAUGUGGCUGGAAAUUCUCCUCGCCUCAGUGCUGGCCUUCGUCGUCUACUGGUUUGUUUCCCAGGACAAGGAGGAAACGCUGCCACUGGAAGAUGGGUGGUGGGGCCCCGGGGCGAGGCCCACGGCCCCAGAGGACGAGAGCAUCCGCCCUUUCAAGGUGGAGACGUCAGACGAGGAGAUCAAGGACUUACACCGCAGGAUCGACGGGACCCGUUUAACCCCACCUUUGGAGGACAGCCGCUUCCAUUAUGGCUUCAACUCCAACUACCUGAAGAAGAUCCUCUCCUACUGGCGGAAUGAAUUUGACUGGAGGAAGCAGGUGGAGAUGCUCAACAGGUACCCUCACUUCAAGACCAGGAUCGAAGGGCUGGACAUCCACUUCGUCCAUGUGAAGCCGCCCCAGCUGCCGCCCGGCCGCACCCCCAAGCCCCUGCUGAUGGUACACGGCUGGCCCGGCUCCUUCUACGAGUUUUAUAAGAUCAUCCCCCUCCUGACUGACCCCGCGAACCACGGCCUGAGCGAGGAGCACGUGUUCGAAGUCAUCUGCCCUUCCAUUCCUGGCUACGCCUUCUCGGAGGCAGCCUCCAAAAAGGGCUUGAAUUCAGUGGCCACCGCCAGGAUCUUUUACAAGCUGAUGCUGCGGCUGGGCUUCCGGGAGUUCUAUAUUCAGGGCGGGGACUGGGGGGCCCUGAUCUGCACCCAAAUGGCCCAGAUGGUGCCCAGCCAUGUGAAAGGCCUGCACUUGAACAUGACUUUCAUUUUUAAUGGCCGCAUCCUGACGCUCUUCCUGGUUCAGCAUUGCCCGAGGCUCUUCGGUUUCACCCAGAGGGAUAUGGAGCUGAUGUUGCCCUUCAAGGAGAAGAUUUUCAACAAACUGCUGCGGGAGAGCGGCUACAUGCACAUCCAGAGCACCAAGCCCGACACCGUGGGCUGCGCUCUGAACGACUCUCCCGCGGGCCUGGCUGCCUACAUCCUGGAGAAGUUUUCGACCUGGACCGAUUCUGAGUUCCAAGAGCUGGAGGACGGGGGCCUGGAGAGAAAGUUCUCCCUGGACGACCUGCUGACCAACGUCAUGCUCUACUGGACAACUGGCGCCAUCACCUCCUCCCAGCGCUUCUACAAGGAGAACAGGGGGCAGCUCUUCAAGCGGGAUCGGGUCAAGGUGUUGGUGCCCACCGGCCUGGCUGCCUUCCCGUGUGAGCUGAUGCACGUACCGGAGAAGUGGGUGAAGGGCAAGUACCCGAGGCUCGUGUCCUACUCCUACAUGCCCCGCGGGGGCCACUUUGCUGCCCUCGAGGAGCCGGAGCUGCUGGCCCAGGACAUCCGCAAGUUCGUGGGGCUGCUCGAGCUGCCCUGAUGCCGCGGGGGUAGCCCCCGGGGCCGAGUCUCCCUCCCGUCAGCCGCCGCCUCCCAGUGCGGCCCCCCGCCCCGUCUUCUCUUGGCGAAGGUGUAUCCCCCCCCCCCGCCCCCUCCCCUGCCCGUCCUGAGCCCCGCGCGCUGCACGCACCCUCCCACAUGCAGGUGGAUGCCGAUAAAUGAUUUUAGUCCUCA